GAUUUAAAUCUAAUUUAACUUCCAGAUUCUCCUUGGAGUCCCAGCAUUAAUGUUCCCUCUGACCUGAAGGAGCAUCAGUCUGUCACUGUAACCUGCUCAGCUUUCACUCCCUGUCCACACUCACCUCCUGAACUCACCUGGAAUCUCCAACAAGACUCUCUCAGACAAACAGAGAAAAACACAGAUGGAACCUUUACAACUAAAAUCCAGGAGAACAUCACUCUGUCAGACACACAUGAUGGAUACAACAUCAGAUGUUCUGCCAGAUAUCCUGUGAUUGGAGGAAACAAGACAGCAGAGACAGAAGUGACUCUCAGUGUUUCAUAUGCUCCUAGAAACACCUCAGCAUCCAUCAGUCCAUCAGGUUUGGUGUCAGCAGGUAGCUGGGUGGAGCUGAGCUGCUCCAGCAGAGCCAAACCUCCACCCAGAUUCACCUGGUUCAGGAACAGCAGAGAUGGAGACAUGAAUGUGUCUGUUGGCCAGAUUUUCAGCUUCAAUGUUACUGAGGGAGGAGAGUUUCACUGUGUGGCUACAAAUCAUCUGGGUAAUGAUUCAUCAUCAAGGAUCUGUGUCACUACUGAAGAUUCUCCUUGGAGUCCCAGCAUUAAUGUUCCCUCUGACCUGAAGGAGCAUCAGUCUGUCACUGUAACCUGCUCAGCUUUCACUCCCUGUCCACACUCACCUCCUGAACUCACCUGGAAUCUCCAACAAGACUCUCUCAGACAAACAGAGAAAAACACAGAUGGAACCUUUACAACUAAAAUCCAGGAGAACAUCACUCUGUCAGACACACAUGAUGGAUACAACAUCAGCUGUUCUGCCAGAUAUCCUGUGAUUGGAGGAAACAAGACAGCAGAGACAGAAGUGACUCUCAGUGUUUCAUAUGCUCCUAAACACACCUCAGCAUCCAUCAGACCAUCAGUAGGUAGCAGGGUGGAGCUGAGCUGCUCCAGCAGAGCCAAACCUCCUGUCAACGGCUUCACCUGGUUUAAGAACAGUUCAGAAGGAGCCAUUAAGUUAUCUGUGGGCCAGGUUCAUAGUUUCAAUGCCAUUGAGGGAGGUGAAUAUUAUUGUAUGGCCAUGAAUGAUCUGGGAAAUCAAACAUCUCCAGUGAUCCAUGUUUCUGUCAUUGGUUUGCCGAUUAACCCUCUUUACUGGGGAAUCAUUCCAGCAGGAUGUAUAGUGUUCAUCUGUCUGUUUGCUGGUUUUUGGUACUUUAACUCCAAAUACCGAGCUCCCAAACAGACUCAGAGUCAAAUCAGCGAUGUCCAAAUGUCAGCCACUAAACCAGAGGAACAGCUGCAUUAUGGAGAAAUAACGUUUAGCAGAAAGACGCCUGAAACUUCCUCCAGAUUGGUGCAGCACAACGAACAGACUGUGUACGCGGAGGUGAAAUUGUCACAGCGAGAAAGCAGCUCUAAGCAGACUCCUGGGAACCCCGAGGAUGUUUGCUGCGAAGAAAAAAAAGAAUAACCUCUGUUGUGUGACGGCAGACAUCUAAAGUUUUGUCUGUGUAAGGGGAAAGGCUAUGAUAAAGAUGGAGAGUCUGCACCUCAAGACCUUGUCACCCUCCAAUGCGCGUGCUUCUGUCAGUUAUUAGGGAUGAACAACAUGGCUACCAAGAAAAAGUUGUUCAUCGCUUAAAGAUGAACAUACGUACGGAAACACAACUUUUAAUUUGUUCAGUUUAUAGUUAGCUGGUGCUACAUGUAAUAAUGUGGUGCUCUUCCAUCACAGAUGCUUCUGCUGAUGCCUGGAGCGGCCAUGUUGAUUUGUGAAUUUACAGUUACAAGUUGCAUCCCUCUGUCCCAGUGUGAAGUCCGACUUCGGGGGUCAUUCAAGUUGAUUUUUCCAAACGGGAAGUCAGAACGUCCGAGUUCCAACUGCAAAUGGAGCGCACCAAAUUCCUCAGCUUUAACAUUUGUGGAAAAAUAGAACAGUUUUUAGACUGUAAGCCAUGGAUCAUAAAAAUUUCAGAACCAUAUCAUUGCUGGUACUUCCUAAUAUGUAAAACAUGCAGACUAUUAGAGUUUGUACUUUCAUUUUGUUUUCUUACUUUAUUUUUUAUUUUUUUCACUUGGACCGUAACAAUAUAACAAAAUGUAUUAUGUGACUGAUAGAUUGUAGGUGAGUUGGCGUGUCAGGCGAUGGCUAGACUUCCCAUUUCUGCAGUGACUAGUGAUUAUUCACAAUUUGGAGUCAAAUUGUGCUACUGUAAAAGACAAUGCAUUAGUUCUCUGCAAUAUAAACAAGCUAUUAUGUGGACAAUGUUGCUAAUAUUUUUUGUUGUACCAGGAAGGGUUGCCUUCCCUUUUCUGAGGUUCAGUGAAAGGCAGAUGAUUUUAAAACUCAGUAAACGCACAAAUUAGGAAGUAAAGUUGUUGUUUUGUUUUUGUUUUGUUUCUGAAUCUCAGAAAAUGAUUGUUUUCUAUACAGUCACCUGCUGCCAGUAAAAUAAAGAGCACAUUUUUUCAGGAAUCGAAAUGUAUAAAUAAAUAGACCCCACAUGUUUCAGCAAAUUUUCCCUUCAUCACAGAAGUGACGACGCUUGUAAAAUAACAUGCUUAAUAACAUGCUCUAGCAUUUACUGGGCAAAUAUGCCAAUGUGUGUUUUUUAAUCAAAGCUGGUUGGAAAAUAUAACUUCUGUAAUCUUUAAAAAAAAAUGUUUGCCUCAUAAAUAAGCUGUGAGAAUUAUUCUUCAAUUGUUCUUUUUAACUUUUCCUUGACUUACGGGACAUGUUAAAUGCCUAUUUGAUCAAAUAAAUACUCUGCACUUUACAGUUCGUUAAAAAAAUAUGCAAGCAUCUGUCAGAAUUAGGUGAUUAUUAUUGCUUCUCUGCAAAUUCUGACCAAUAAAAAAAGUAGCUAAUA